CUGACACGCCUUGCCUGGUGAUGUUGCUGAUGACAGAUAAACAAAUUACACGGCAGAUUUGUCCAUCUUUGGAGACAGGCGUCGACUAUAAACGACAUUUUGCCAGCAGAUAUCUGUUUUAACGAAAGAGUACCCACUGCCGUAGGAUAAAUAAGCUUGACAACGGGAUGUAGCCAUUGAAAUGGAGUAUGAUGAAAGACUUGCCAUUUUCCGUCAAGGCCGGCUCAAUCCCUUUGAUCGUGGAGAAGAAGAGGAUGGUCCGCAGGGGGGCAAGACACCCCCCCAACACGAGGCGAAACCUGAACUUUUCUCCUCUGAGACCAGAACCCAGAGCUCAGACCGGACCAUGGAUCUUGGUCUAGCUGAGGAUCACUUCUCAAGGCCUGUGGGCUCCUUUGUGGCGUCAGACAUUGAGCAGUUGAAGCUGGCCAUUGAGGAGUGCAAGAGGCUGAUCUUGGAGCUGCCCGAACACUCGGAGAGACAGAAGGACACGGUGGUGAAACUCAUCCACCUGCGUCUCAAACUACAGGAGCUUAAGGACCCGGAGGAGGAUGAGCCAAAUCUGAGAGUUCUGUUGGAGCACCGCUUUUCCAAGGAGAAGAGCAAGAGUGUGAAACAGACCUGUGACAAGUGUAGCACCAUCAUCUGGGGCCUAAUCCAGACUUGGUACACCUGCACUGGUUGCUAUUACCGUUGCCAUAGUAAGUGUAUGAACCUGAUCACCAAGCCCUGUGUGAGGUCAAAGGUCAGCCACCAGUCGGAGUAUGAGCUCAGCAUCUGUCCUGAGAUAGGACUGGACCGGCAAGACUACCGCUGUGCAGAAUGCCGCACACCUGUGUCACUGAGGGGCGUCCCUAGUGAGGCCAGGCAAUGUGACUACACCGGCCAAUAUUAUUGCAGCGCAUGUCACUGGAAUGACACGGCCAUCAUCCCAGCACGUGUCAUCCACAACUGGGAGUUUGAACCACGCAAGGUGUGUCGCUCCUCAAUGCGUUACCUGGCGCUGAUGAUGUCACGACCUGUACUGAAGCUGAAAGAGAUCAACCCACUGCUGUUUAAUUUUGUGGAGGAACUCGUGGAGAUUAGGAAGCUUCGUCAAGAUAUCCUGUUGAUGAAACCCUACUUUAUUACCUGUAAGGAGGCCAUGGAGGCUCGGCUACUUCUGCAGCUCCAUGACCGUCAGCACUUUGUGGAGAAUGAUGACAUGUACUCACUACAGGAUUUGAUUGACAUCUCCAGUGGUAGACUCAGCUGCUCGCUUACGGAGAUCCAUACCACAUUUGCUAAGCACAUCAAACUAGACUGCGAGCGUUGUCAGGCCAAGGGAUUUGUCUGUGAGCUGUGUAAGGAGGGAGAUAUCCUGUUCCCUUUUGACAGUCACACUUCAGUGUGCCACGACUGCUCUGCUGUCUUCCACAGAGAUUGUUACUAUGACAAUUCCACUACCUGUCCGCGAUGUGCCCGAAUGACUGAGCGCAAGCAGGAUGAGCUGUCAGACGAGAAAGAAGCAUAACCCUGCAGAGGACCCUGCCUGAUGUUACUGUGACUACUACUGGAUGUUGCACUUUGCCUAAUGGUGUAUUCAACUUUAUCAAGAACCUCUGAUACAAGUGUUACAACUAGCUUUUCAUUUCAGUCCUUUGUGUGUGGAAGUUUAUUGUGUUUAGUGUCUUUCUUCCUGUGCACUACAUAGUGAAGCAGGGCACUUAGAGGUCCAUGCAGGAAAAAAAUCUUAUUUUAUGAUUAUUAUUUUGUAAUCUAAGAUUUUAAUUCAUACUCUGAGAUGAGUUGUACUGAGCACUGUGUGUGUGUGUGUGUGUGUGUGUGUGUGUGUGUGUGUGUGUGUGUGUGUGUGUGUGUGCGCGCGUGUGCGUGUGCGUGCGUGUGCGUGCGUGCACAUUUGUGCAUGCAUUUGUGUAACUAUCUGUGUAAGUAUGCUAAAUAAAUAUAGAUGCCCUGUAAAGAAAAGAGCUUACCAGUAGGUCAUUUUGCAUGCAGGUGUUGUGUAAUAUUAGCCAUUAAAAGCCUCAACUGUGCUUAUACUGCCAAUUUUGCUCAGUCUUAAACUUUUAAGGUCCCCACAAUGAGAAAUGUUUUCCACUUCCUACAAUACAGACCAAAUUAUUCACUAAAUUAAUAUAUUGACAAAAUUAAUGACAUUUAACUCCAAAUCAGAUGCUUUUUUUUGUGAUUCAUGUCUAAGCAUCCUUCAGGUGUUGCCUUGUUGGCAUGUAUCAAUUCUGUCACUAUGUUACAAAAAAGGAUGCUCCACUAAGUAUAGGACAGUGUAAGUCUUUGACGGUAAUGUUUGGCCUCAUUGUCACUAACAUGGUGCACAUUCUAGCCUUGUGUAACUUGCCUAUAUAUUUUUUUUUAUGUCUGUUUUGAUUGUUCAUGUUAGACAAACCAGCCUCUCACUUUCAGGCCUUAAAGCAAUAUUUAAUUUUAAGUGACCACCCAGACCUUAACAUGUAUACCUCCUAUGAGUUCAGAAAUAGUUGGCCACUAAAUUCAUCCACCUUGGACAUCCAUAAUGAUCACUCACUUACUUAGACACUGUAGCCCAAGAACAAUUAAAAAAAAAAAAAAAACAGUAACUGCUAUUGUCAUGUAGUGUUAUCAACAAACAAGUUUGUUUAUGACCUGAAAAAUACACAAGUGUAAUUUUAGCUAUAUUGGCUGUAGAUACACACUCAAGGUUUGUGUGUUAAAAUAUAUUUUGUACUAAAGAGAAAUAUUGCUUUAAGUGACAAAGACUGAGAAUUGAGAAAUUCUUUACAAGAAGAACAUAUAUUUGCUUUUUUUUUUUUUUUUUCAAAAUGUAAAACGAUGACCUCAUUUCAGACAGUUUGAUGUAUGUUUGGUGCUGUCAGAUUUAGUGCAGUGUGUAGCAAACAGCCAAGUGUAAACAAAGUGAACAUACAUUCAUGGACCAUAUCCUAAGUUUACAUGGUGUGCACAAGAUUGUCAGCUACUUUAUGUACUUUUACCAGUAUGUUUUAUCCAAAAGUCUUAAAACACUUUGGAUAUAUUUAAGAUUUCAGUUUCCAAGUACAGCACUUUUAUUUUCCUGAUGUGACUACAUCUGUUGACACCUUUGGCUACAUGUGUAAAUGUUGACUUAAAGUUAUUUGUUUUAAAAUAAUGACUUCAGGCUGUUUUAUCUUUCAGCAUGAUAUAAUGGUUAUUUUUUUUUCUCUCUAUCUGAUAGUCAUACAUGUUGGUGAAAAACAAGCCUGUGAUGACUUGUAAAAUCAUGUGGAGUACAGUGCAUGAAUAAAAUAAUGAGGUACAUUA